AUGGUUGAUGCAGCUCUAAUCAGUGGAUUGCUUUCAAACUUGGCACCUCUGAUUCAGGAUGAAUUCUCGUUGUUUUGGAGUUUUAAGAAAGAGGUUCAAAAGCUAUCCAGCACGCUAUCUUCAAUUAGUGCCGUACUUGAGGAUGCAGAGAGAAAGAACGUGCAGGACAAGGACAAACAAACGGAAGAUUGGUUGCGGAAGCUCAAAGAUGUGGCGUAUGAGGUUCGAGAAAUCAUGGAUGAGUGCACCUUUCAAGAUCUUCGUCUUCAAGUGAACAGGCGUAAUGCCUCCUCUUCAACCCUGAUCCAGGUAACCAACUCAAUAACCCGUCCUUUUAACAGUACUAGAACACGUCUAAAAGUUGGUCACAAAAUUAAGGAUGUUCAAGAGAAGCUUAACCAAAUUUCUUCAGAGCGCCAAAUGUUACGUUUGAGUGAAUCUAUUCCUGACUCAAAAAUAGUUAAGUUUACUGGUCGUUGGCGUGAAACCAUGUCUCUUUCUAGUUGUAAUCAAGUUUAUGGGAGAGAUGAGGAGAAGAAAAAGAUUAUUGAUAUUCUGGUCAAUACAUCUAGUGUUAGUGUUGCCAAGAAGUUAUCUGUUCUGCCAAUUGUUGGAAUUGGGGGUUUUGGUAAAACAACACUCGCCCAAACGGUCUUCAAUGACGAGGAGAUUGCUAAGCAUUUUGAAACCAAAAUAUGGGUUUGUGUUUCUGAUGAAUUUGAUAUUCAAUUGGUGAUGAAAGCCAUCUUAGAAGAAAAGGCGGAAGCACGCUCAGAAGAAUUGCAGAAAAAAGUUAGAGAAAAAUUGAGCGGGAAAAGAUAUUUGAUUGUAUUGGAUGAUGUUUGGAAGGAAAAUCUUGAGGCAUGGGACCAAUUAAGAUCUAUCUUGGAUUGUGGAUCAAAUGGUGCGUUUAUCCUUACCACGACACGGAAAAGAAAUGUGGCAAAAAUUAUGGAAACGGUUCAACAUUUUCAGAUAUCAUUGCUCUCUAACGAGGAUUGCUGGCUACUAUUUGAAGAGCGUGCAUUUAUGUGUGGAACACCAAAAACUCCCAACUUUGUUGAUAUUGGAAAAGAAAUAGCUAAAAAAUGUAUGGGUGUUCCCUUAAUUGUCAAGACAUUGGGAAGUCAAUUGAGCUUCAAAAGUGAAAUAAAUGAAUGGUUUAAAAUAAGAGAUAGUGAGAUAUGGGAGAUAUGUCAAAAUAAAGACUAUGAUCUUUUGCCCAUUCUAAGGUUGAGUUACUAUGACCUCCCUUAUGAUUUGAGAAGAUGCUUUUUGUUUUGUGCUAUAUUUCCCAAGGAUGCUGAAAUUAAAAAAGAUAGAUUAAUCCAAUUGUGGAUGGCCCAUGAUUUAAUCCCUACUAUUAAAAACCAGGUUGUUGAAGAUACUGGGAAUACAAUUUGGAAAGAGUUGUGUUGGAGAUAUUUUUUUCAAGAUGAGAAAUUAGAUUGGUCUGGACUUUAUGAAACAUGUAAGAUGCACGAUCUUAUGCAUGAUCUUUCCCAAUCUGUUAUGAAAGAUGAAUGUUUUACGUGUGAUGCUAAUAGUUCAAAUGAUGGUUUAAGCCCAGAAAUUCGUCAUGUAUCUACAAUGGUUGAUGAAUUUGUCAAAAUAUCAGUUCGUUCUCUUAAGAAAAUUGGAGGGUUGCAAUCACUAAUGCUCAAUGGCAGAGAUGUUUAUGGAAAUGUCAAAAUACAGCAGAUUUGUUUGAGUGUCUUGAAGGAACUUUCGGCUUUACGUGUCCUUAAACUGAGCUGCAAUGUGCAAUAUCAAUAUUUGCAUUUAGAAUAUGUGGGAUGUCUAAAACAUCUUAGAUACUUAGAUAUUUCCGGUAAUAAAAAGAUAACAACACUACCUGAUAGUAUUUGUGAUCUUUUGAACUUACAGACUUUGAAACUCAAUUGGUGUUUUAAGCUUGAAAGUUUGCCCAGAAAUAUGAAAGACCUUAUUAACCUACGACAUCUUUAUUUGAAGGGUUGUGAUGGAUUAAAAUAUAUGCCUAGAGGGAUGGGGCAAUUGAAACAUCUGAAGACGUUAAGUUUGUUUGUGAUAAGCAACAAGGAGAGACACUGCCAACUUGAUGAAUUAAAAGAAUUGAAUAUCGGUGGAUCUUUUAAAAUUAAGAAUCUUGGAAGUGUUAGAGAUGCAUCUAAGGCAAGAGAAGUAAGUAUGGCUAAAAAGACGAGUAUCAAUGAAUUGGAGUUGGAAUGGAGAUCUAAUGAUGAAGUUGAUGACAAUGAGAGUAAGAGUACUAGAGAUGAGAAAAUUGGUGAAGCUCUAGAGGUUUCAACUGCAAAGCUGAAGAUAUUGAAAAUGAUUGGUUACAGAGGUGUGAAUCUCCCUAAAUGGGUGCGAAAAUCAUAUCAUUCUCUAACACGCCUUGAGCUUAGUACUAUUGCUAGUAGCAGCGUUGAUAAUGAAAUGAUAGUACUAUUCCCUUUGUUAGAGGAAUUGAAGAUUUGGAAGAUGAUGAAUUUGAGGGAAUUGGUGUCACCUAGCUGUUGGAGUACUGGAGCAUUCCCUAAUCUAUCCACGCUGGAGAUAUCUGAUUGCCCAAAUCUAGGAGCCUUGCCACCUCAUCUCAAAGAACUCAAAGAUGUAACCCUUGAAGGUGAAUGUUCGGAUGAAUUGUUAUAUAGCAUCUCUAAUUUUAAUGGUAGUCUCACUCGUCUCACACUUGAUAGAUUGAAUAAUAAUGAUGUGGAGCACAUAUUCAGCGUCAACAACAAGAUGAAUGGAAUUGAAGUAGUGUUAUUCCCUUUGCUAAAGAACCUUACUAUUAUUAGCAUGAAGAAUUUGAGGGAAUUGGUGUCUCCUACUAUUUCUAGUGCCGAAUUAUUGCCUAAUCUAUGCAAGAUUGAGAUAUGGUAUUGCCCAAAGCUAGGGGCCUUGCCACCGCAUCUCAAAUCACUUAAAGUUGUACGUAUUCAGGGUGAAUGUUCGGAUGAGUUGUUAUAUAGCAUCUCAAAUCUUACUGCUCUCACUCAUCUCGAACUUCAUAGGAUGAAUAAAAGAAGUGUCUUAUUUCCAGCUGCAUUAAUGUUUGAUGAUGAGACACCAACCCUUGCGGACAAUAAUAAUAAUAAUAAUGAAGCACAAUUAGGAGGAGGAAGAGUACGCUCAACUUUCCAAUCUCUUCAAUCUAUGGCUAUCGAGGGGUGCAAGAAAUUAAGGCGUUUGUUUGAUGAGGGAAUGAUAUCAAAGAUUAGUGGCUGCCAGAACAAACACUUCAUCAACUCUCUCACGGAAUUGUGGAUUAUAGAUUGUCCGGAGUUGAUGAUAUCAGUUGAGGAAUUUGGAAACCUCAAUAUUAAUAAUUCACUACAGAGAUUGUGGAUUGAAGAUUGUCCUAAGUUGGUGUCUUCAGAAGAAGCGGACGAUGUUAUCGCACUCCUGCGUCCCCUACGAACCAGACUUGGUCCUGAGAACUUCUUUGUAAAUAAUCUAUUGGAGGAGGAAUAG